AUGAUUGUCAAAGUCAAACUGUCUUUUCUUGUUCUUGUUGGCUUUUGUAAUAUGGUUUGGUGUUAAUUUUUUGUAAAAAAAAUCUGUGAAAUUGUUAAUUAUACUUCGAUAAUAAUACGAAGAAGUUACUUUAUUGAAGUUCUUCUGAUUAUGACCGAAAAAGAAACUGUUGACCCACAACUUGAAGACUUCAUUUUAGCUGAAACGCAGAAACAACGUUUCCAGGUGCUGGUGCAUGGUUUGACAGACACUUGCUGGGAGACAUGUAUGGGACGGCCGUCCAACCGUCUCGAUUCAAAAACUGAAACAUGCAUCAUGAACUGUGUUGAACGGUUUAUCGAUGCAACUACUUUCAUAACAAGACGUCUCAUGAACACUACCAAGUAUCGUUCUGAAGCACCUCUUGAAUUCCAGUAAUAAACAAAUUAAAAUUAAUAUAAUACAUAAUGUUUUCUACUGUCAGAAACUUCUUGCACCGUCACAGACGGAAGUUCUUUGUAACAGGUGCUGUUUUUGGUACAGUGUACUUACUAAUGAGCUAUGCCCAAAAGAAGCUGAGAGAAUGGCAGGAGAAAGAAGCCAAAAAAUUCUUUGAAAUGACACGGAAGAAACAACACUUUGAAAGUACUGAACGUACAUGCAAUCAGACUAUUCUAUCUCUAUCAAAGAUUGUGUCUGAAAGUAUUUUGGGUAUAUUAAAUACUGAAGAAAUUGUACAAAAAUUGAAGGAUAAUCCAGAAAAUAAACUAUUGUUAUGGGAGCAGAUGAAAGUUAUGAUAUUCACAAGGAUUUGUGUUUUGGUAUACGCUUUAUCUAUACUUCAAGUCACUUUGAGAGUUCAAUUGAACAUUGUUGGUGGAUAUUUGUACCGUGAUUCAGUAGAUGAGCAAGGACCUCAAAUUAGCAGUGAGUUACAAGCUAAGUACCUGUCUCUAUGCCACCAUUUCGUAGGGCAAGGAGUAGAAGACUUAGUGAAACAAAUAGAAAAGGCUGUUAAAAGAGUUGUGGAGCCAAUUUCAUUGAAAAAGAAAAUAACAUUACAAGAAGUUGAGCAAAUGUUCUGGUCGAUACAAACUAUAUUAUGUACGGAUACAACCGACGGGGAUCCUGUGAAAAAAAUGGUUCACUAUUUAGUUCAACAUACGGAAAUAACGGAUGCCAAGUUGGACACGCUUGUGAAAGAAACGAUGGACGUUUUAGAAAGUGAUGAAGUGACAUCGGUAACAAUGUCUUCAGUUACGAGAUGCUUUUCAACUGUUGUAGAUGAAGUUGCCAAUUUAUUUGUAGAAAAAUUUGUGCCAACGAAUAAAAACCAUUUAGAAGUGGCAGAGGAUCAUGUGAUAACUAACGGAGCGUUGAAACUAGGUGCUGGGAGAGACUUUGUUGAUGUUAACAAAGUUGAAAUUCACUUUGUAAAAUUACUACCAGCUAUAAAUGAGCUCAUUACAAAGAACACGAGUAAGGGUCAAUCUAACAUUCCAGAUAUUUUAACCCAACAGUUGACCUUGAAUGACAAGAUGAAACUGUUAGGUGCCAACAUAUAUGAAGUGUUUAGCAACGAAUAAAUAUGUAUGAUUUAUUUUUAAAAAAACUAGUUGGGUAACUUUAAAAUUUUUUCAACAAAAACUCGGAGUGAUACUGCGUCUCUAAAAAAUCCAAAAUUAUUUAUCUUCACAAAUAUUAAAAAACUUUUAUACAAUAUUUAUUUAUGUACUUAGCGGUUGACCUCGACUUCCUCAGCACCGAAUUAAAAAGACCAGAUUAAACGCGGAUUUGUGGACAGACUGAUAGAUAAAUUAAAAAAACAGUUUUUCUUUAUACGUAACUCAAAUACCUCAUGUCCGCAAAAUACAAUUUGUUUGUUUUUUGUCAAC